AUGUACCUUAAGCUUAGUGAAGCAACGGCCUUGAACUUCCUUGGUCCGCUCACUGCCAUGAUCUUGAUUCGAUACCUAGACUAUGGCACGUUCGAAGUGAUUGAUCGGAUCGGGGCCUUUGUCGCGCUCGUUGGUGUGAUCCUCGUCGUCCAGCCAGACGCGCUAUUUGGCUCUAAGCCAACAUUUGCAACCGCUGCUCAGUUUAUUGCCGACAGUACCCCGAAAGGCAGAAUGAUGGGCUUCGGGUUUGGGUUGAUCAGUGUGUGUGGUGGAGCGGUGGCGCUGACGGCGAUCCGCUCCAUCGGUACACGCGAACACCCUUUGAUGAGUAUCAUGUACUUCGCUUGGACGAUUGUCAUUGUGUCGUAUAGUCACAAAUAG